AUGAAGUACAUAGCAGCGAGUAUCGGAAUUAGCAUGCUUUAUGAGACUGCGAAGAUGGCGAGACCGUUAUGGAGAACCUACCGUUACCGUAAAGAUCUAAGAUUUACCUUGAGCCACACUCGUGGUUGCCAUAGGACAUUCACUCUGUCGCACGAGGACGGCGAACUCGAAUUCCAGUGCCAAGAGUUCUAA